GCGACACUGCCCGCGCUGGCUCCUCUGCCUCUAACAUAUAAAGGCUGUCAGCAGCUCCUCUGGCCACAAGCUUCACAACCAGCAGAGUUUUGUUCUUUGGGAGGUUGUAAUAAGAGACACUUCUUCACAAAGGUUCAUAUCAUCAUAUAGGAGAGUGCUAUAUAUACUGGGAGAACAAUAGACUGUGUUCUUUUUUUCUUGGUAUUAUCCAGAGAUUUGCUUUCUGCUGCCCUGACUUACAGCAGAGUACCUCUGUGACCURUCAGUCUCCUUUGGCCCCAAAAUGACARUAAUUGCUGCAAUCAGUUGUACUCUCYUAUUUUCCAUUCUCUGUGAAACAAGUGCAUUAGUGUUACCCAACUCCACUGACCUAUUCCUGUCAGACAAUAAUUUCACUGACAUUGAGACAGCUUUGGCAGCUCAUCUGGACUCUGCAAAAAUUCCCAAAGCCAGGCGGAAGCGCUACAUUUCGCAGAAUGACAUGAUUGCCAUUCUUGAUUAUCAUAAUCAAGUCAGAGGCAAAGUUUUCCCACCUGCUUCUAACAUGGAAUAUAUGGUUUGGGAUGAAACUCUUGCCAAAUCUGCUGAGGCUUGGGCUGCUACAUGCAUUUGGGACCAUGGACCUUCCUAYCUUCUGAGAUUUUUGGGCCAGAACCUGUCUGUAAGAACUGGAAGGUAUCGAUCUAUUCUCCAGCUGGUAAAGCCAUGGUACGAUGAAGUGAAGGAUUAUGCUUUCCCUUAUCCUCAGGACUGCAACCCCAGGUGCCCGAUGCGAUGUUAUGGACCCAUGUGCACCCAUUACACACAGAUGGUUUGGGCCACUUCCAAUCGUAUAGGCUGCGCAAUCCACACGUGCCACAAUAUGAACGUCUGGGGAUCUGUUUGGCGACGAGCUGUUUACUUGGUAUGCAACUAUGCCCCAAAGGGGAAUUGGAUUGGAGAAGCACCAUAUAAAGUAGGAGUUCCAUGUUCAGCUUGUCCUCCAAGCUAUGGAGGUUCUUGUACCGACAAUCUUUGUUUCCCAGGAGUAACAUCAAACUACUUAUACUGGUUUAAAUAAGUUAAGGUUUACAUUAUUUUGAAGAAAACCCACAGAUGAGUAACAAGAAGCUUGUGUAUUAAAUUUUGCACAUAUUAUAUAUAGAGAGAUAUUGUAAUAAUACUUUGAUGUUUUCUUUUUGUAUGCUUUUGUAUAAUUAGCUUUCAAAGUACAGUAUAAUUUGGUUUUAACACUUCGGGAUUUAAGACUCACUUUAUCCCUUUUAGAUUAAGAUUUUGUUUAAAGGAGAGAAUUUAAUUUUAACCUUAGCAAGUAUAGCUUCCUGAAGAUUAGAUUAUGUUAAAAGCACAUCAAAAGUUAGAAUGUGACUUCCUUUUCAAAAUAAUAGGUCCAGAAAGAGAAGGGUCAUUGUUUAUUACUGCGCUUUAAAAAUGGAGUGUGACAUGGAAAGCAACAAAUUGUCCUCACGCUCCCAAUGGUUCCUCCCGUUUACACCUGUGCUUUCACCUGCAAUGUCGAUGGGACACUGAGCAGAGGAAAACAUGUGUGCAAGAGAAACUGCRGGAUAUUACCUACCUCAUGCACAGCCUCAGUUCCUUCAAGGUGUUUCAAGGGUUCAGCACACGGCUCCUGCUGUCACACGUCUGUUUGCAGACAGGAAUAUCAGAGAGAAAGAGGAACCACACUGGCCAAGAUGCUGCACUGGCCAAGAUGCUGUGGCUGUUAAUUCRCAUGCCCAAAGUCUUAUCUAGACAGAAAGCUACAUCACGUAAAAAAUACUGGUGUAACAGCACAGCUUGACUCUACCUUCCUGUAUUUCUGAGCGCAGUCAUGGUUCUAUAAUGGUGCUUUGCAGGAGUAUAUUUAUUCUUUUACAGGAAGAAAUAUAUUGCUACAAAGCAACAUCCAUCAAUACGUGACACCCAUAGUGGUUUUUACACUGUAAGUUUCCCGGUAUAUAUUUUAUCUCUCUGACUGAAACUCAGUUGAGAAUCAGGAGAGAUCAGACCUAAAAGUUGGUAAGAUUUCUAAAUAAAAGACAUUAGGAAGCUUUARAAGUUCAUACAGAUUUGUUGUAAAAAUUCCAAAUUUCUAAAGCAAUUGUCAGUGUCCUUUAAAACAUAUUGCACAGUUUCCUGAAAAUAUCUGUGUGCAUUAUUGAAAACCAAAUCUGCCAAAAACUUUCCUGCCAAAACCUGAAUGCCUUAUGGGUGCUUACUAGAGACAUUAUACAGGUACUUUUAUUGAAAAACAGAUUAUGAAAAAGAAGAAAUCAAAUGUCUGCCACAACUACUAGGUCAUUGAAAUAGCCUCGAGUUUUGGCUUUAUGUUACAGGGCAGAAUGUACUCCACUUUAAAUAUAAGUGUUUAGUCUGCUUGCACUGCUACAUUUAGACCUCUGAAAUUUAUGAACUUUGAAAAGCAAUACUGAGCAGAGCAAGUGGAACAACAGAGGAUAAUUUCACUAGAGCGACAUGUGUAUGUGUCUUUGAGUCACUAAUUCAGUCUUUUGAGGGUAUUUGAGACAGUCUGUCACCAGAAUAUGAAGUGACAUAUUGGUGAUAUAAAAAGACAGAUGAGAGUUUGAAUUCUUCAGGGUAGUUUUUCUUUUUCUCCAGCAAGAUAUCUGGAACAGGCUCUAUAGUGUAUGAAAUGUAGCAGCCCCUCUCUAGCUAUCCAUAAUCUGAUCCCUCAGAGAAUGUCGGCAGCUGAUCUGUGGCUCUUCAGAUAUUUCUGGUUAGUGACACUUCUGUAUCUGACAGGACAAGAACUAGACAGGCAUAUUGCCUUUAAAUGUGUCCAUGUUCUAAAAGGAUAACUCUUUGUAAUAUUCUGCUAACUCUUAUCCUAACAGGUACAAUAUUUUUCCUUUUGUUUUCAAAGGAGUUUGGACUUGAACAAUACUCAGUCAGUCAAAUACUUCAGCAGAAUAAAAUCCAGUCCUGUUUUGGGAGUGAAAGACAACCUCUUUGCAUUAUCUACGUACACACUGAAAUAACUGAGUAAGAUAAAACUGCUUGGUGUGUCACUAGCUCCUCAGCCAGCACAGUUUUUGACAAAGAUGCAUGUGCAAAAUGCAUUUUUGUUCUGCAUAAGAAAUGUUUUAUAGAGGUAAAGAUAGCACAGUUAAAGCAGUGCAUCUAGCCAUUUUCAGUAUUUUUAUUUUUAAGAUACAAGACAGGAAGCAGAACAUGAGAAAAAGUUCAGAUUAAGCCAUGGAGCCUACAACAGUAGGUCUAACAGUAAAUGACUAUGCACUUUGAAACUUGCAAUUUGUAURUUGUAUGGUACACUUUCCAAACAGGACUAGACAUUGUAAAUUAAUUUAUAAUUCUGUAAUUCARCUGAAAUUAUUAUCACGGGUAUAUAUGUUAUUGUAUCUGUUACUUUUGAAGUUGCUACAAGUACCUUGACUUUGUGGAAUAUUUUGUUUUCUGUGAAUAUAGAAAACUUUGCUUUUAGCAAACAGGUAUGCAGGUUUUUUUCACAACAUCCCAUAAUGGUGCUAGGGAUUAACAAUUGUAAUCACACUGUAAUUGACAGCAACAAAAAUUAUCUGAAAAUAAGCUAUUUCAUACGAGCAGCUCCUGAUAAAACCAGCCACAAGCACUCAAGCAUUAGCUGAAUGUUUUUCRUUCAACAGAGAGGAUUACAGAUCAUCAGAUAUUUGAUUGCCACAUGAAAUUUCCCCUUUAAAGUAGAAGGCCUUUCUGUAUUGCCUAUUUGAAUUGCCCAAUUUCCAUUAUCUUUUUUUUCUCUUGGGCCAGGUAAUGACAAUGCCAGUAAAGCUCUACUUUGAUUGCCAGUGCCAGUGCUUCCUGAUUGRCUACCUGACACCAAGCGCUGCUACAAAAAAAAAAAGCUGAAAUGUGCAGAAGACUUCAGAUGUCUUUGGCAGCUCUAAUACAUGCUGAGAAAAAUUUUUGAUGAGUYCAAGGCCAUGCUGAGGCAAACUACCUCCAGUUGCUAUUCUGAUGGCCUUGAAGUACUAAUUUUUUUCAGCAGAGCAGUGGGUCUUUAAAGACMGAGAAAUUAGUGCAGACUUCUAAAUAUAAAAGUAUGUAAAAGUAUGCACGAGCUAAAAUAAGGCAAAAAAUAUUUUUGGUCAAAAUACUGUGAGUGGCAUAAGAGUAAAAAAUGAUAUAACAAAGUUGAUAUAAUUAAUUAUUGAGUGCAGCUGUUUAUUAUACCUAUCUGUGACUUUUUGCCUCAUUUGAACAUCUAAGAUGAUCGGUAGCAAUUGAUACCUUUUGGUGCUAACCUCUGUGUUCUGGUGCUGAAGUUAAAGGUUUUUUUUUUUGUUGGAAGUAUUACUAUAUACUCUCUAGUGUUUGUGAGACCUUUUUCAGCUAAGCAUAUAACUUACCACUAGGUYAGAUUUGCUUUCAAAGUUCCUUUUUAUGGUUGUUUCAGGCUCUAAGGAGAGUUUUGUGUGCACUGGAGAGGAAAAUGUAUUCCAGUUCAAAACCAAAACAAAUAGCACCCUCCCCUCAUCACAACAGGCAAGUGCCUGUGGAACAAAUUAUGGAGAAAGUAAGAACUUUGAGAGUCAUGACUUCAGAUUGAUGCUGAGCAACUUUUAGUGAUUCCACAUCCUCUCUCUGAAAAAUAAAUGACUUCAGAAAAUCUGGGAUUGACCUUGCACUUAUCCUUGGGAUCUAUGGUUUAAGAUCAGUUUGUUUCCCUCUGAUUUUCAGGAGAGUCAGAUCAGAGCUCAGUGAAAACAAUAGGAGAUUUAAUAUUUAAUAGGUUCAUUCUAAAGGAAUGAAAAAAUUGGAUCCCAUGAGAGCUUUAUGAAUGGCACUUCAUGUACCAUCCCCUAUCCACACUGGGAAAUACCAUGGGGCUCUGAAAGAGGAAAUCUCACAGAGUAAAAGUGAUCACACAGACAUAAAUAGAUUUGUGUCUAAAUCCAUAUCUGUAUCUGUAGGUGGAUGRAUGGGUAGGCAGAUACAUGUGCUUAUAGAUUCUCUGCGAGGAUCAGGCUGUAAGCAUGGAUGCCCUCUUGUGGAUAACAAUGCCACUAUGCUUUACAUAGGAAUCCAGGAGGGUUUAGGAUUUUUUGAAAACAAAUGCAAAUCUGAAGUUUUCAGCCUUGAUUUUAGAGACACAUGACUUUGUCUGUUUCCCUUGAGAAAAGAGGUGCAGUGCACAACUCUUCCAUUUCUUAGUUUUACGUGAUGUGUAAGUACAGAACUCAAUCACAGUUUUAUUAGCUGAUGGCUACCUAACAUACCAAGUUUUAUGAGUAUGAGGUAAAAACUUAUUCAGAUGACAGAAGAUUUUUUAGAAGUUUUAAGUCAGAGGUAGUUCUUAAAAAUCAGGAAGUCUCCUUAUUCAGAUAUUAAAUUAUGACCAUCCCUAAUAAAAUUUUAAAGGCCCAAAUUACUGUUACAAUCUGGCCAUUUUUGCUAAGGUUUUUUUUUUUUUUUUAACUUUUGCUUUCUUAUUCUAGAAUGAGAUGAUCUUGGAAUCCUGGCACACAAAAUUUUUAUGGUGCUUUUCAAAACUUCAUAAUUGAAAAUUUGUGUGCUCUGGUUCUCAGAUCAUACAUAAUUGGAAUCUGAUGAUCUCAAUGUGCACAAACCUUCUUAUUUAAAUUUGCAAGAAGAAUGUUGAAAUUCUGUCAAUAGAAACCUGAAAUAGCAAUAACCUUCUCAAACUGCUUUCUGUCAGUAGAAAAUAAUUGAAAAAAUCAAGAAUAAAUAGCAAUGRCCUAUCUGAUUAAUUCAACAGAUGGGCAACAGCCAAAUUGGUUAAUUCAAAAAAUGAUAACAAAAUUGAUUACUAUCAGUAAUUUUAAUACUGUCUUGCCACUUAACCUUCAUUUACCAACUUUCCCUCAGAACAGAGUUUCCCUCAGAGUUAUUUUCUCUCAGAAAAUAAUUACAAGGCAAUGUGUUUUUAAAUUCACAGAAGUCAGUAGAACAGAUAGAAAGUUUUGAUUGUUAUCCACAUUCUGCAGAAUUCCCCAGAGUGUGAUCUGUGAGAAAYCCAGACUGAAAUGGUUGCAAUUCAUCAUCUCCUUUUCUUCUGCCAAAAGACAAAAUUCAGAGUGGAAGAAGAUUUUGGCACAUUAUCAUUUGGUAAUCAGAUUGUAAAUUCUUUAAAAUCCCUCAUACUGACAAUGCAUAUACAUUGUAUUUAGGGUUAUUUUGGCCAGCAGGAAAGGGGAAAUAUCUCUCAGGUUAUAUGUUUAGCUCACAACAGCAAUUGUCAUUCAAAUCACUGGCUGUUCAUCAUGCUGCUAACUCACUUCAGCUUCGAUAGAUCACCAUGUAAGUCAGGAAGUAUCUUAGAUGUGAUGUUUAAAGUAAUGAAAUUCUUCUUUAAGAGUGAAUGSUAAUAUUGGAAUCAAUAGCUCUGAGGAGUUAUUAAACAGCUUUCUUUCAUGUAGGGUGCUCUAAUGUAAUUGAAAAGGUGCUAAAAGGCAGGGUUCAUUUAAGAAGCAAACCAUCUACAGAUGYUUUUUUCCAUAAGCAGCAGGGUAAGACUUUUCUGAGGCUUGAAGAUGCUGGGGAUUGGAAAAUGAGUAUAUUUCUAUGCUUUUUUUUAUCUGAAUCCAUGCAAAAAAAAUGUUCAGUGUUUAUAGAGUGAAAUGCUCUUUCCCCCUUCUUAUUAUCUAUUUCCACUUUUCUUGUGUAGAUUUUUUGAUAUUUGUGUGGGUGGGGUUGUAUCUGGUUUUUUGGAGAAGAAAGCUUGUUGUCUAACAUAUGUUGCAGUGAACUUAUCAAUGUAUCAUUUCUCUCAUGUUGUCAUAUGAUGCUAUAUAUAUAUGUUAUACCUGAGAUAUAAAUUUGUAUUCCUGUUUCAACUUCUAAUGCUUUGAAACUGUACAUCAUUUUGAUCUAUUUUGUAACAUCUAUGCAUUUAAAUA